CGUAUUUGCUAUGAGUAAAAAUAUCAAUGCGAAAAUACGAAAUUAAAAAUACAGACGUAGAGAUAAAAGAAAACGGAAUAGAAGCAAAAGACGCGGGAAUAUUUUUAUAACUAAACAAAUUAUAACAACAAAUUAAAACAAAAAACGGCCUCACCAUUGAUCAAUUUCUGCAACUGCAAGAGCGGAUACGUAACUUCGAGGGCAUGCUUGGCGGCAGCAGCGGGGAGCGUUUAUGCACGCCAAGCACUUCGGCCGGUCCGUUUCGCAUCUUCUCUGUGGCCGGUUUCCAGAAUCGAGCCAACGACAUUGUCUACUGUCCGCCCAUUGUGCGCCAGCAAUCACAACAUGUGGAGGACUCAAAGGCGAUCAUAUAUUUUGGCGGCGACGUGCAAGACUUUCCGGAGAGCAUGGAAACGAAUCGCGACAGUCGCGGUUACAUGAAGUACAAUUUGGAAAACUCUGCGAUAUUGCUGCGCGAAGCAUUUCCGCGCUCUCACAUCAUAGUCAUACGGCCGGUUCGCAUGGAAUUCAAGACGUUCAGCUGCUUCGACAAUUUUGUUCGGGGAAAUAACGCGGGCGUUCCAGAUCAUACGCCUAUGAACCAUGCGCUGCAACACUUAGAAAAACUGCUGCAGAAUCUGUCGCAGCGCCUGAUCUCAAUACCGGAGAACGAGAUACUCGAUCAAGCGGCGCAAGCCGCCGCAGCAGCUGCUGCUGUGGCUGCUGCUGCUGCCGCCGCUGCCUUGACGCUCUCCAAUGCCACUGUGACCUCUGAGUCCAGCUCAUCCUCAUCGACGGGCAGCGAUAGCAGCCAAGAAAUGGACAUUGAUAUACUGCAAGUUCAGGAGAAUGUUACUGUUGAUGCCGAUGGCGCUGUCAUCUUUCCCAUAGUCUCUGCUGCGGCGGCUGCUGCAGCUGCUGCUGCUGCAACCACGGAAACGGGCGCGUCAACAAAUAAUGUGUCAGCUAGCAUUAACAAUGGCAACAACAAAGAUGCUGCUGCUGCCCUUAACAGUCAUCAACAGGAGUCGCAUAGCCAACAGCAACAGCAGCAAACGCUUUCAAAGGCAGCGUCACCGCCAACGACGAACAACGUGGAGCAUUGCAACAAUAGCAAUAAUAGCAACAACGAUUGUGGAGCGGUGUCGCAAGCAACAUUGCCAACGCAACCACAGCAGCCGCGUCCGGCGACACCGACGUCCGAUAAUAAUCCCUUGUGGUGGCGCGAGAAUCUCAAUUUAGACAAGUCCAAGCUGGUGCUAAUUGGGUUCAGCAAGGGCUGCGUCGUGCUCAAUCAAUUUAUCUACGAGUUUCACUACUUGAAAACACUGACGCCGGACGAUAGUAGCAUGUGUCGUUUACUCUCACGCAUUACAGACAUGUAUUGGCUGGAUGGUGGACACGGUGGCCAAAAGAACACAUGGAUCACCUCACGAAGUCUGCUCGAGACUCUCACAAGAAUGGGCAUGAACAUACACGUGCAUCUCACACCUUACCAGGUGCAGGAUGAUCGACGGCCCUGGAUACGGAAGGAGGAGAAACUGUUUACAGAGAUGCUGCGGCGAUUAAAUGCUCCAAUUACAAGGCAUCUGCAUUACGAUAAUCAACCGGCGAAUCUAAUGACACACUUUGAGGUGCUGCAAGCAUUCUGCCAGCAUGUCCAUUCACUCAACCAACAACAUCAGCAGCUGCAGCAGCAACAUGGCGGCAACAACGAGCAGCCAACAACGGCAGCCGCAACCAAUAAUGGCGCUGGCAGCAGUAGCAACAAUCUGCUGGACGCCAGCGAAGAGGCAAAGUGA